GAAUCGUUCCAAUAAGCUGUAAUGUGCAAAAGACUAGAGCCACCUGGUAAACACGCCUAAGAGUGUCAAGGCGACAGCUGCUGCCACCUGCAGCCUCGUGCGGCUGGCUGCGGGGUGAGGAAACACCACAUCACCGGCCGUCUCAGCUCUCGGAUCUUCCUCAGCCGAUUUCACUUCCGUUUUCUGUAUUACGUGAACACUGAAUUGAAGUAAAGAUCUUGAUAACAGAGGCUAAUAGUGAGAGAAUAUUGAACAUAGAUUUAAAGUGACAACAUGAGACUCUUGAGGUGAAGGAGAAAAGAGAACAGAAAAAAGGGCGAAACAUGCAGGAGGCGGUUGCGUUGUGAGCACGUGUGUGUGUGUGUGGCUGAAGAUGUCUUCACCGAAGUCGCCCAAGUCAGCACUCAGCAAGAUAGGGCUAGGACGUCCUAGGCCUCUCAGGAUCCUGGUGCUGGGACAGGCUGGGGUCGGCAAAUCAGCUCUGGUGGUGCGGUAUAUCACCAGGCGUUAUAUCGGCGAGUAUGACCCAUGUCUGGAGCGCGUAUACCCGCAUGCUGCUGUUAUCGAUGGGGAGACGCUUGCCUUGGAGAUCCUGGACUCUGCUGGCCAGUCACAUGAGACGGACAGCGUGAGGUUGGAGGCCAAUAUACGCUGGGCCGACGUGUUCAUCCUCAUGUACUCCGUGACAGACAAGUGCAGCUUCGACGACUGCAAUAGACUCAAGUUCCUCAUCAACUAUAACAAGCGGAAGAGGCGCAUUCCCAGCCCGACCUCUAAGGACGGAUCGUGGGAAGUGCCGGUGGUCCUGGUGGGGAAUAAGAAGGACCAGGGAGGCGACAGAAUGGUGGCCACAGAGGAGGGCUUCAAGCGCACCAGAGACAUCGGCUGCCACGCUUUCCACGAGAUCUCCGUCAGGGAGAGCAUUGAAGAGGUGUCUCUGGUAUUCGAGGACGCAGUUCGGUACUGGCGGGAGGUUGUCAAAACGCCCAAGCUUCGUCGUGCCUCAUCUGACCUGCAUGACCUUCCUGGCGACCCCCACAAGGCUCUCCACCCACCCGUCAGUGUCCCAGGUUCCCCAGUGUUCUCCCGCUCCUACGCCACCCGCACCAGCCACAGACUAGCAAUACGCUCCCACACCCACCCUGUCUCCCCCAGCCUCGCCCCCGUCAACCUCCUGUAGCGCCCCCUUACUACCGUCAACUUCCCUACACCUGCCGUCACUUCAGUUGACCAUUGCAACAUGACCUGACCGUCUGUGACAACAUAAUAAUAAUCCACCUUGCUACUGCGGCUUGAAAUAGCGCUCAAUAGUUCAUUCCUGUCACCCGCCAAAAUUUUUCCAUUCCCCACAUGUUGAGUUGCCACUAAAGCUGACCUUAAUAUUCACAUUCGACAAAAAAGGCUAUAGGUGACCUUUUUUUUGUAAAUUAUUGAACGACUUUCCCAAAUGUUGCAGUAAUAUCACUAUUAUCAUUGAAAGAAAACCAAAUGUUACUAGGGAUAACUUUCAUAUGUUCUUCAGAAACCUAAGUAUAUGCGAAUUUUUAGAUAUCAUUGCUCAUUCGUGCUUUUAUUAAUGUAUAAUAUGUAAUUUUAAGUAACCGUUAAAACAACUGACCUCAGUAACUCCCCCACCACCCUAGUGUAAUCUUUUAACCUCAGGAAACUCGUAGUAUAAUUAUAUAAGGGUCCCGGUAGUACAGUCGGGUUCGUUCUCGACGCACAAUCGAGAAUUUCGGGUUCGAAUCCCGGGCGGGACAGAAAUAGUUGGGCACAUUUCCUGUCACCUAAUGCGCCCUGUUUACUUAGCAGCAAGUAGGUACCCAGGAGUUAGUCAGCGUAUUGUGGGGUUGCACCGUGGACGGGGUCAGUAAUUCGACCCUAAAAGGGGAGGGCGGAGGGACCUUCGAUAAAAGCCUAACGUGUAUGAAUACACUCUGGCUUCCUGUCCCCCGACCCAGUGAAUUAUUACUUAUUCUUAGUUCACUUGACCUCAGUCCACUUGCUAUUCUUACAGUAAUCCUAUACGUUUUUGUGCCUUCGUUUGACCCCCAAUCCUAAGUAAUUACCUGAAGCCUUAAUGACCUUAUUCCUAUUGAAUAAUGUGACCUCAGUUAAAAAAAAAAAAAGUCCUGUGAUGCUUCACUUGACAUUCAGUGCUCAUGGUUACCUCGGCUGACCUCCAUCAGUAUUCAGUGUCCUCACCUGACCUCACUCGAAAUCCAGCAACUAUUGAUAUAGCUUUCAUG